AGCGCAUAUAAUUUGAACAAAGUAAAUUGCUAUUAAUGUAUUAAUGGUGUUUAGUUGUUUUUCUCUCUUAAUUGGACCCUCAGCAGACCAUCACGACAGACCAUCAGACGGGAAGCAAGAUAACUUUAUAAUGAAAGAGUGAUUAUUUUAGUGUUAUUUUCAGACAAAGUAAAUUACUAAACGGAGUCAAAAUUUCACUGUGACAGAAAAUUUUAACGAGUUUUCGCACGUCAUUGCAGCUAUAAAACCAAAAUGAAAAAUUAGUAGAGUACAAAUACGCAACUGUAUAAGGUAUCAACUCCGUCGUUUGAAAUUGAAAUACAUGUUAAAGCAUAAAACUGAUAUUUUACAAUAAUACAGUGUUUACGAGAAAAGAAGAUAGAUAAAACAAAACUUCACAAAUCCAACGCAAGCUAUGAUCGAAGAUAGGGAAAUGACCGAACCAGAACGGCGUCGUCGUGUAUACCGCAGUGAAGAACAAGAUAACGAAGAUACAAUUGUGGGCCAAAAAGAUGACAUAAUAGAUAACGAAGAGAAGCAACAUCUUUAUCCAGAUUAUUGUAAGACAAUCACAAUAAGAGAAGCUAAUGGUAACUUGAAAGAGCUAGUGUUUCCAAAAGCAUUAGACCUUGACAGACCAAAAAGGGCACGGACGACAUUUUCUGCGGAACAGCUAUAUCGCCUGGAGAAGGAAUUUCACGCCAAUCAAUAUCUCGUCGGUAGAGAAAGGACACAACUUGCUCAAAAAUUAAAACUUUCCGAAACUCAGGUUAAAGUUUGGUUCCAAAACAGGCGCACUAAAUACAAACGUGACAAAUGUAAAGAACCUGACGAGUCAUCCAAAUCUGCAGAAAGUAUGAACAACUGCAAUUUAAUGAACAUACUUUCAUCCCCAGUUCAUUCAAAGAGUGAACCUCCGGAGAUCUCAUCUGGCACACAUACAGGACUUUUGCAACCGGGAUUUCCAGUCCUCCAUCCAGGGCUUUCUGCCCCGUCUCCCCAAGGUAGAUUUGGUGUUCCGUUCACAUCCACUAGUAAUAACACUGUAGCACCCGUUUCCAGUAACGGAGUAUUCACAUCUUUUUCGAUGGACAUGAAUCUGAGGCCUAUGGGGCAUUUCCCCCCACCGGUGUUUAGUUUUGGCAAUUUAGCAAUUCCUCGUGUUUAGAACUAAGAUAUAUAUAAUCAGAGACACAUAAAAUGUUUUAUAUGUCUCUGAUAUAGUCAUUGUACAAGAAACGGACUUUUACAAUGUGUUGUCCUUUUAUUUUGAAUUUUAGGAAACACUUCAGUAAAC